UAUUCAUGCAUUGUUGCAUGCUGUUGACUAUAUUUUUGCAAAGGUGGGCUAACUUAGUGGUAUUUUGAAUUGCAGAUAUUUUGUGCCCGUUCUAGCAUGUCACUGUUGAUGUUAUGGACACCAAGUACUGAAGUACAAAUAAAUAUGCAACAGAUAUGUGAAUUGAUACUGAAAUACACAUUUUCUGCACAUUGUGAUUACAUGCAUCCAGGCAUAUGGGUGAAGCAGAGUAUUGCACCUACCGCACUGCCAUUCACUGGCAACUCCGGUCUCCAAAUGCCGCUUCCAGACGAUCCAACUCCACUUGACUACCUGAAAUUGUUCUUCAACGAAGAUUUCUUUGAGUAUCUUGUGACGGAAACCAAUCGCUAUGCACGCGCAUUUAUCGAUGCCAACCUACAUACUCUGCCGGCUCGCAGUUUUGCCCGCUCGUGGAAGCCAGUUGUUGUUGGAGAGAUGAAAGUUUUCCUGGGACUCUACCUCAACAUGGGCAUUGUCAACAAGCCGGAGAUUGACCAGUACUGGGCAACUGACCCUGUGAUAGCCACACCAUUCUACAACCGCACCAUGAGCCGCGAGCGUUUUACAUCAAUUCUCAAUUUCCUUCACUUUGCCAACAACGAUGAAGUUGACGAAUCUGACAAAUUGACCAAGAUCCGGCCCUUGGUGACUUUCCUCCAAAACCGUUUUCAGCAAGUGUAUGUGCCGAAGGAGUGGGUGUGCAUUGACGAGGAGCUGGUGGCAUGGAAGGGCCGUAUUUCAUUCCGCCAGUACAUUCCAUCGAAACGAGCACGGUUCGGAAUGAAGAUAUACGCCCUGUGUGAGGACAGCGGUUAUCUCCACAAUUUUAUCAUUUACACGGGCAAAGACAACGACACUUUCAGCCCGGACACGGUGAAGAAGCUUGGAGUGCCUGGUGCCGUUGUCGACAAGCUGAUGGACCCGCUACUCGGCAAGGGCUACAAGCUCUUCCUCGAAAACUGGUACUCCAGCGUGCCACUCGCUACUCACUUGGCUGAGCACAACACCGGCGUCUGCGGCACUGUUCGCAAGAACAGGACUGGCCUUCCAAAGCAGGUGGCAAAGCACAAGGGCCUCCAGAAAGGCCAGUUCCUGUAUCGCUGUGGCGGUGGCAUGAUUUUCAUCAAGCUACAUGACACGAAAGAGGUACAUUUCCUCUCCACGCUCCACACAGCCACGGUCAGUGCAACUGGCAAGCGCGAUCUCCAGCGCCGGCCAGUACGGAAGCUUGAUUUGGUGCAGGAUUACAAUAAGAAGAUGGGUGGUGUGGACAAAAACGACGGGAUGAUUUCGGUGUACACUGCUGCUCGGAAAAACCAGAAAAUGGUAUAA